UCUCUCCACCCCUCCACCCCCCUCUCUCAACCCCUCCACCCCCCUCACUCCAUCUUUCCACCUCCCCUCUCCAACCACCACCAUGUCCGACACCCUGACUCUGAGCGUGAGGCAGCUCAGCCGUCUCCCCCACAUCUCUGACCUCCUCGUCUCCCUGCCCUCCCCCAGCCCCACAGUCCCCGCUUACCUCGUCCCCAGCCUCUUCAGGGAGCCCUACAUCCUAUCGGGCUACCGGCCCGUGGGCCAAGACUGGCGCUGCUACCUCCUCAGUCUGUUCCAGAGGCACAACGAGUCUCUGAACGUGUGGAGCCACCUGCUAACAGGGCCCCUGUUGCUGCUGCGUUUCUGGGCCCUCGUAGGGGCAUGGGGUCCCAGUCUGGAACUGGCCUCCCUGCCCCUCUGCCUCUACCUGCUGUCUGCCCUCACCUACCUGUGCUGCAGCGCUACAGCCCACCUGCUGCAGUCUCACUCGGAGCUGGCCCACUACUCGUUGUUCUUCCUGGACUACGUGGGGGUGGCGGUGUACCAGUACGGCUGCGCCCUGGGACACUACUUCUACUGCUCGCAGCCUGCCUGGAGGGAGAGCAGCGUGGGGUCCUGGUACCUCCCUGGAGCCUUCCUCCUGGGGUGGCUCUCCUGUGCUUCCUGCUGCUUCGCCAAGUCGCGUUAUCGCCGACCGUACCCGCUCCACCGCAAGGUUUGCCAGCUGGUGCCCACCAGCCUGGCGUACCUGCUGGACAUCAGCCCCGUGGCUCAUCGCCUGGCCACCCAGACCUGGAAAGAUGACCCAGCGCUGCCCCUCCAUAGCUUCCAGGUGGCUUUCUUCCUGCUGGCCGCCUUCUUCUUCUCCUGUCCCAUUCCUGAGCGCUUCUUCCCAGGUCGCUGUGACAUCCUGGGUCAGGCCCACCAGAUCUUCCAUGUGUUUCUGUCACUGUGCACCGUCUGUCAGUUGGAGGCCAUAGCGGGGGACUAUAGCCGGCGGAGGGAUACGCUGCUGGAGGUGUAUGGAGAGAGGAAGCUGUGCUUCGCCGGUGUGUCUUUUGUAGUGUUGGUGUUCUGUAGUGCCCUGACUGCUUUUCUCAUGAGGAGACAAGUUCAGAGAAGACUUGGCAAAGGACAGGAGUGAGGUGGAGGAGAGGAAUGUUUCUUUUAUUUGUAAACAGUUUAUUGUUUUGAAAAUAUGAAUAUUAUGAAUUUAUAAAUAUAUUUUUUCAUGCUCAUACUAUAAAUUAUGGAAAUGAGUUGCCUUAAAUAUAAUAUAAUUUGGGGAUAUUAAUGCGUUUCCACAGCAUCUAUUAGUGGUCAUUCUUGAAUGAAAAAUGAAGUACAGUAAUCAUCUCAGGCAGACUUUCUUAUCAACAGGCUUGCGUUUGACUCUAACGUCUGAUACAAUGGACCAGUCACUGUUAAAGUAGCAGUCAGCAAAAUAUUAAAUCUGGAUUAAACUGUACCAAGCUUUAGCGAGUUGAAGCAGGGGAUUGGAACAAACAAAGGGCAGUUGUAAGAAGUGGAACACACUGUAAUUUGGUUGUGGGAGGGAUGGAGGGAGGAUAAUUUCCACCUAAUCUGAUUAUGGAUGAGUGAGAGGUCUUAGAGGAACUCUAGGGAAUUGAAAAUUGUUGAGAGAUGUGUUAACUCAUGGGCUUGCCUGCAUGAUAUUGUAGCAUAAAAAUGUCAAGCAAAUCUCAAAUUGGUCAUAAAUCAAGACUGCAUACUGAAAACAGCUGUAUUCCUGUCAGACUGUGCUUCCUUUGAUCUCAUGAUAUCUCCUCAAGUGCUCAGGAUAUAACCUAUUUCAGGGGCUGCAUUCCAUGUCAAUGAAGUGGUUUCCUUCCAUGUUUCCUCAUUCCCUAGCGACCACAGAUCUAACCAUGCAUUCCAUCAGUCUCAAGAGAGUCACUAGGGGUGAUUCUGGUUGGUUGACUUUAGAUACUAGGUAAUCAUAGAUUCGGGGGGGGCGGGGGGGGGGGGGGUGAGACACCGCUGCAUUCCCACCUGGCAGGUCUGUGGAGGUUUUUGGGUGUGACCAAGGAAGGGCCCUGAUCAAACGUUCCAGAAUCAGUCAUACAGAUCUGUGAAAACUCGACAAACCCAUUCAACUCGUGCUCUUGCACUAUGACAAACACUUGAUUGUGAUCAGCUCCUUGGUGAGUGAUCUGGUGGGUUGCAGCCAAUCCCAUUAGUUUCUGGUGGAGGGAAAGGAUUUAUGCCUGCUGGCAACUCUUGAUGACUAGUAGAAUCUCUUUUUGAUAUGAGAAUCAGUCCCUUGUCUCAGAUAUGUUUGUGAAUUAUAUUUGUUUUUCCUUCCUAGUCCUAGUCACUGUAAAACUGAACCCAGUAGCAAUAUGGUUAUUUGGACUCCAAAGAGUCAAAUUGUUGUGUAGUUUGCUAAAGUAUAGUAAACUACCUGUAGAGGGCAGUAUUGUCAUACACGUCAUUGAUGUAGACAUGAAAACAGUUUUGCUGUAUUUGAUGUAAUAAAUCAUUAAGGACAAAAAAGGAUGUAAUCAGAUUUUAACAUUCACUCAACAGCUGUGUUUUGCUUAGCGUCAGAAAUGUGACUGCACCAGUUGCCAACGCCUCUUUCAUGCUUCCAAGCUGGUUUGUUUAAAGCACUGGUAUGUCAGCUAUCAUGAUGCACAUCAGUGAUGAAGACAUUAGACUUCCUGGAGGGCUGGGGAGACAGCAUAAGAUGUGUCCAGGUGAAGGACAUUUCUCAGUUGGAUAGAUCAGAGGGGAGAGACUGGUCUACUUUUCUUGUCAGCUGCCAACCAAGGAGACGGAACCAAGAAGAACUUACAUCAAGCCCACAGAAGCCGAGAAGAAAAGAUAGGACAGAGAACAGAAAGGGAGAAGUAGAGACAGAUAGACCAUGGCUCCCAUGGCAGAGGGUGUUUCUGACUGGACCCUGAUGGGAUCCUCUUCUCUUGAGGUGUGCACGACCUCCCUCCUCCUCCUCGUCAGCCUCAUCACUCUCCUCGCCGUCUGCAUUCGCUGUCACAG